AUGAUGCAAUGGAGCGCAAUCCUCAUCCGCACUUGUUUCAGUGGCAGUGGAGGCGAGGCUCUCACUUGCGCCACCUCCGAGCAACAGACACGACCUGAAUUAUGUUUCUUCUUCAGCGUGCGUUCCUCCUGGCCAUCGACCAUCUCCGAUGGUGCCUGUUUGGCACUCGUAUCGGCCGAACAAGGCGCCACGGCCGGGCGCAAUACCUUAUCCCUGCGAUCGAUGAUGGCUACUGAAGACAUGGCAACCUCGACAAGAUCACUACGAUCUCAAGCUACGAACGUGGACGACGAUGCUAACGUUUCGAUUGAAAACAGAGGGAUGAACCCUUCAGUCCUGACCAAGCUCGGCGAAUUUGCUUCGACGUUGACGGCUGGCAAUACGGCGAACAAGUUAUGGCUGAUGGCUGACGUGGACCCAAAGUCCGCGUUCAAGUUGCUGGGUCUUGACAUGCCAGGGGUCCGCUUUAUCGACAACCCGAAGAUGUUACAGUGGCUCAAGUUCACAAAAGCGUAUUUAGACAUGAAAAAGUCGGGGUUUGGCGAGACAAGCGCACAUGCUCUUCUGUAUGAAAAAAUUGGAGGACCCGACUUGUCACUACUUCUCCUAAGCCUGAAGGACGCUCCGGAUGCGAACAGCUUGGUUCAAAAACUGACGAAUUCUCAGUUUGGUAUGUGGCAUGACGCUCGAAUCGAACCAGAACAGCUCGCACAAACGGUGUUCAAAAUUCAAGACGUCAGGAAACUACCUAAAAACGACCCAAAACUUCAAGUUAUCGAUGACUACGCGAAGUAUCACAGAAAGCACCGGAAGUUUCUGAACAGCAUCAUGAUUAUCUGA